AUGGCUCGACUGUUCCUCGCUUCCUGCCAUGUCUGGAGUUUUCCUAAUUCGACUGAGCUGCCUUGUCCUCCGGCCGUCCUCCCUUCAACUACCGCCGGCGAUGAAGCCUCCGACGCCACGGUCUCCACCACCAUCCCCAAUCCGGCGUACGCGUUCUGGAUCCAGCAAGAUCAAGCGAUCUUGUCGCUCCUCGUCUCUUCCCUUGCAGACGAGGUGAUGUACCUGGCGGUGGGGCGCAACACGUCGCGUGAAGUGUGGCUCUCUGUCACAGCGGCACUGGGAUCAUCCACAAGUGCGCGGUGCCUGAAUCUGAUCGCUCAGUUCCAGAGCUUACGCCAAGGUGACAGUACGCCGGCCGAAUACCUCGGGAGGGCACAGUUGAUCGUCGAAGAUCUAGCCCUGGCCGGUCGUCCGAUGUCCUUAGACGAACAAAGCCUCUACGUCUUCAGAGGUUUACGCCCAGAAUUCCGCGCCAUGGCUGCCUUGUUGGCUGUCACUGGAACUCUGGUAACCAUCCCUCAGUUAUCGGAUUUUCUGCACGCUCAGCAAUUCAUCUUCGCAGACGACUUUCCGGCGAGUGACGGUGCAGCUGUGGGUUCCCCGACGGCGAUGGUGGCGUCCCGAGGUCGCAGACAGAACAACACUGGUGGCUCUGGCGGAUGUCAUCAGUCCAACAAUGGCCAGAAUCGUGGCCGGAACAACGGACGGGGGCGUGGCGGACAAGGUGGCGGACGUGGUGGCCGGACUCCACGUUGUCAGAUAUGCCGCAACUACGGCCACAUCGCAGCCAACUGUUACCACCGGUACAGUGGACAGCCGCAGGCUAACAUGGUUGUUGCCGGAGAUGAUGUGACCACCGCCGGCAGUGACGCUUGGUUCCCCGACACGGGAGCAUCCUCGCAUGCGACUCCAGAUCCGAGCAUGAUCGCAUAA